CCGUGAUGUGUACGCCGAGGAAUUAAAACCUUCGACAUUCUCUACGAAUAAUUGUUUGGCCGAAAUGCCUUGAUAUUGAGGUGAAAACGUCUGCAUUGGAUCUUUAAUCCUCAAAGAGGUGUCUGGUUAAUACUUUGUCAGCUGUUUUAUUACGUAGUUCCGCCAAUCUCCAAGUCAACUGUAGGCUGAGUGAAGCUGUGGAGAGGAUGGCACUGACCCUAUUCUGCUGUAAUGAAGCAGCUUCCGGGCACAGGGCACCAGCAGUAAACAUGGCGGAGGAGCUGUUGGAAGCGGUGGAGAGACUUCAGUCUCGGCUCUGCGAGAACUUAGAGCCUCGCAAGCUCCAGAAGACCCUCAAAAGGCUGGGGGAGCUGCCUAUGACUGUGGAUAUCCUUGUGGAAACUGGAGUAGGAAAAACUGUGAAUUCGUUCCGGAAACAUGAUCUUGCUGGAGAUCUUGCGAAGAGCCUUGUGGCCAAGUGGAAGAAACUGGUUCCCACCCCGUCUGCUGAAAGACCCGGCAACGCCAAGGACGUACGGACACAUGCGCACUCUCACAGCUCUGAGGGAAGGGACGUAAGCCACAAACGUGUCCGGGAACUAUCCCCAGAGGAGCCUCCUCAUGUAGAGGAGGAGGAUGAAGAGGAGGAGAUGAUGAUAGAAGAGGAAAGAGGCUACCGCACCAACUACUCCCCUUCCCCCCCCCAGCACCACUACAGCCCCCCACAGCUCAGCCACGGUGGUCAAAGAGUGGGAUACCAGUCUGAGGGCUACGAGAGCCCCAUGGAGGAAGAGUCAGAGCCCGCGCCCAGCCUCCUUCACAAAGAGGUCCGACACACCAAACCACACAAAGAGCCUGGCAGGGAGCAUCACGGUUCCCACGGCGACCGGGACGAGGAGAGGCGGCGACGUCAUGUCCAGGCGAGCGGUGGUGGCGAAGGGAAGAAGCGCAGCGCGGAGAGGGAACCGCAGCACACUGGCAAGGCCUCCAAGCACAGUCGGCACUCCACCCCACAGGAGAGCAAGAAGGACAAGAGAGGUGGAAGUGAUGGGAGGUCACGUGAUCCUAGGGACUCCCCUGUAUUAGUCCAAGUGACUGAGGAGCAGGCAGAAGAGGCAUUUGAUACCCCCACCAUGUCGUUUGAAUCCUUCCUCACAUAUGACGCCCCUACACCCACUAAGAAGAAGAAGAAGCCCGGCAGCAGCAGCAGUCGGCCCUCCUCCCACCACCACACACCUCCUCGUCCGCCUGUCCAGCCCUCGCCUGCUGCUCCUUCCUCCUCCAAGGAGUCCAAGCCCAGCAAGGCCAAUGGGAGCCGCAGCAAAAGGGCUGAUCCAGCCCAGAACCCGACAGCAACGACUCCGGUCCCUGAGAAACGCCGGAAGGUGGUCGAGGUUGUGUCCACGCUUCCUGAUAUCACUCUGCCAGCCAUCCAGCCUUUCUACAGACCUCUGCCUUCCAUUGAUCUCACACCAUUGUCUCCUCAGCGGCGUAAAGGUCCUGUGUCAAAUGACGCCGAGGAGGACACCGGCUUCACUGGGAGACGCUUUAACUCUAAAAUGACGGUCUACUCGGGUUCAAAGACGUCCUAUCUGCCUAAGAUGAUGAGUCUGUACGAGCAGUGCAUCCGGGUGCUUCAAAACAACAUUGACUCAAUUGAUGAGGUGGGAGGUGUGCCAUUUGAGAUUCUGGAACCAGUACUAGAGCGAUGCACCCCAGAACAGCUUUACCGCAUUGAGCAGUGCAAUCAGUGUUUUAUGGAGGACUCUGAUGAGCUUUGGCAUCGCCACUGCCAGCGGGACUUCAAGCGUGAGACACCCCAGGAGUACGAGUCGUGGCGGGAGAUGUACCUGCGGAAGCACGACGAGCGGGAGGAGCGCCUUCGCAAGCUCACCCAGAACAUCAGUUCGGCCCAUGCCAACAAGCCCAAAGGUCGACAGGUUAAAAUGGCAUUUGUGAACUCCGUCGCCAAACCUCCGCGUGAUGUCCGCCGGCGACAGGAGAAGUUUGGCACCACAAGCACCUCCACUGCCAGCUCCACCGCAGCUGCAGCUCCGAUCAAAAUAAGGCCAGCCUUGUCUCCCCCUGAGACUUCUCGCUCCUCAGGCCCCAGCGGUGGGGGUGGCCCCAGCGCCAGAGACAACAAACCACAGGUCAAAAAAAUCGCCCCCAUGAUGGCCAAAACUAUCAAAGCUUUCAAGAACAGAUUCUCCCGCCGAUAGAGCUAGAGAGAGAUGAAUGUAUGACGUGAUUGAGAGGAGAGGAAGAGAUUGUAGGAGCUAAGAUCUUUUUAAUUCAAUGAAUUAUGGGUAAUCUACAAAAAUGCCCACCAGACAUGUGCACACACAUACAGUCGUGGCCAAAAGUUUUGAAAAUGAAUAUACAUUUUCAAAGUUUGCUGCUUCAGUGUCUUUAGAUAUUUUUGUCAGAUGUUACUAUGGAAUACUGAAGUAUAAUUUCAUAA